AUGGCUUGCCCAAAUGGUUCCGUACCAUUGCUGUUGCCGUGGACCAACCAUUCAGUCUCCGCUGAUGGUGCAAUCUUUUCCAAAGGCAUCUCGUUCGCCAUUGGCACUCCUCCUCAGCUCUUUUCUUUAACCCCUUCGACAACUUUGGACAAUGCUUUCGUCAACAGCGUAACAGAGUGUGGAUCGGCCACGAACAGCAGUUGCAUUGGCCAACUAGGCGGCAUCUACGAUAGUGCAGCCUCAACUUCGUUUACCCAGGUCGACUACGCAGCGUGGCCAGGGAGCAGAGAGUCCGUAAACAUGGCAUCCGGAAAUUCGCACAUCUUCUUUACCGAUGCUGCAGCCUUUGGCCCAAAGAACGCCACCAAUAAGUUCCCCGCCUUCCCUAUGUAUACCAACAGUUCCACAGACAAGUAUGAUCCAGGGUUCCGAGCAACUCUGCCUUUGGGAAUGGAUUCCAGCUUUUUGAACUUCCUUGUCGAUUCAGGUCAGGCUUCGUCACGGACGUACGGGUUGUGGGCUGGCUCAGAAUCAGAAGACGCGCCACAGCCCGGCUUGCUGAUAGUUGGCGGGUAUGACGAAAGUCGACUCAAAAGCCCUGCAACCAAAUUUCCUAUGUUUUCAGAUUGCCCUACAUGCGCUGUACUCACUGCAAUCACUUACGACGUCGGUGGUACCAGUACCACGCUUUUCGAAGACGCCAAGGAUACACUUACUGUAUACCUCGAUCCCUUCUCCUCCGAUAUCAGAUUCCCACAAGCAAUGUUGGACAAACUCGCAGCUGCUGAAAAGACGGCUGUUUGGAACGAGACAUCACGUCAUUUCGAGCUCCCUACUAGUCCUGCCCCUGCAGGCACAAUUACCAUUACGGUAUCCGACAUGGGCAGUCCCGCCGGCGAUGCAUCGAAGCCUUCGGUCGCUUCAUACAAGACUGUAAUUCCAGCAUCCGAGCUUUACUACCGACCCCGAGCAUACAAUUCCGCGGGAGUGUUCGAAGUGAACAACGCAACAGUAUUCAACAUGGCUGUAACAAAUCAAACAGAAUCUGUGACUGUAGGAGUUCUGGGAUUUCCUUUCUUCACCCAGAACUACCUCAUUGUCGAUCCCGAUGCUGCGAACUACGAACUCGCACCAGCUGUCGUUGCAGCGGCCGAUCCCAUGGGCACGGAUGCCAAGGUAAAGCGAGUAUGUCGCGUACUCCCCGGUACCAAGCAGUCAUCACAAACAGCAGCUCUAGCAGGAGCGGUUGUAGGAUCCGUGAUUGGCACCCUCUUUCUCGUCACCCUGGCCUGGUACAUACGCAGGCGAAGAAAGAACACGAAAACUCUAAGUGAGACAAGUCAGAGACCGGUCAUUCACCGUUUAGGUGCACAAGAAUCAGAAGAGAGUAAGUCUCUCGAGUUGCCACGCCAAGGACUACCCCCGCCGCCACAGCCGGCGGCUGCUGCUGCUUCUUCCACACUAGAAACUGGCGGUAUUACAUUUCCCUCGCCGCCCUUUGGUCGCAAGAAAAGCGCGCGCAACGGAAAUCAAGAGGAUCCCCGGAGAGGAUUAGUUCAUGAUACCUUCAAGAGAGUAGAUGAAGUAAACGAUGGCAGACUUCUGGAUGAAAGACCAUUGGGACUGAGUGAGACGAUUCAUUCACGUGGGACCCUACCGAGAUUGGCCGCAGAGCACACUGUUGAAUAA